CAAGUGGGCGGAAGUCGGUUAAUUCGACGAUCAACAUGUCAACUGUUUAUAUGAAUCCCAGCUCGUCAUUUGGUUGAUCGCUGAAAAAGUGCAAAAACAGGAAAUGACAAAGAAGGGGCUUCUUUUGUUUUUCCUCUGUCUGAUAGGCUUGGUCAGAGCUGAUGGAGACAAAUAUUCAUGUUUUGGAGUGAGCUCAGGGACAGUAGCAGGUAUUAUUUUCGCUGAUAUUGCAGUGACGGUCCUGAUUGUUACCACCACCUACUGGUACGCCAGCAAGCGCAGACAAAAGAAGGAAAAUGCUGAUGAAGUCUACAUGAAUGUUAGAGCAAACUGCAAAACGUGAAGAUCUUUAGAAGACUGACAUCAACAACGGAAAACUAAGUGACUGACAGUGGAUAUUAUGAAGUAAUGAUUUAACACAGUUUGAAUACACAGCUUUAAUCUUAGUGGCCUUGUGAAUUAGACACAAUUUUCUAAUUGUCUAACACUCAAUUUGGAAACAUUAGGAUUAAUUUUAUUCUUAUUUUUAUAAAAAAAGUUUAUUUUAUUCGAGGUAUAUUUGAUCAAAACACAGUAAAAAAAAUGAAAUUCAAAUAUUUUAAUUAAAUAUAAAACAAUCUUGUUUUCUUAUUUGCACAAAUAUAUGAAGCUGAACUGAACAUUAAUGAUAAGAACCUGAUUAAAGAUUGAACUCCGGUAAUAACUGAUCAUAACAGAGCAGAAACAUUUUAGAUAAGCAUUUUAGAUGAAUUUCUAAAGCAUCAUGUGACACUGACAUUUAGCACUAAAGUUAUUUUACAUGUAGAUAAUGUCUCACAAUAUUACUGUCGUCUACAAAAAAAGAUACAAACCUUAACGUUUACAGACAUUUGACUUGCAUUGUAAAUCACUCAAUGGACAUUUCAAUUGAUUAAUUAAUUUUUUUAUGAAAGUAUAGAAUAUAGCACAUAAUUAAAGCAAGUAAGAUUAACACCAGUAUAGAAAAACACUGCCACCUAGUGGAUAGGUUUCAGGAUUUUCUUUCUUUUUUUUUUUUAAAAUGAUACCUUUAAAUAUUAUACAUUAAUGCCUCUCACUUUUGUUCAUGCAUUAUUCAUUAUGUUUCUACAGACAUAAAGAAAAAGAGCUGUUUUUUGCGUUAUGGUUAUUAGCUGGGGUGAACUUAAUGAUUCUGGGGCCCUAAGCAAUUCCGGAUAUAAUCAAUUUCAGGUAUGGGGUCCUAGCCUUUGAACUCAAUCUCUUUCUCUAUAGACCAUUUCAAUGUGGUGAUGUCAUUGACACAUGUACUUUUCCUGCUUGUUAUCAAACUAUUUCAUAACUGUAAUAAGAAUCAAUUCAAUCAUAACAUAAUGUUAAAACAGAUAUCAUAACAUUAUUUAUUAAUAUGUGGCUCCUUUUGGAUUGUCGGAGGCUAUAGAAAUAAAAAUGUACAACAGGAAAUACGUUGGGACCAUUGUUUUCGUUUACAUCCCUCAAAAUGGUCUAGAUUAUUAUUUUUUUUUCUCUCUAAAUUCUUAAUUUUUUUGUCAAUAGACAGCAUGUUAAAAUAUAUUUUAAGUGAAACCUUUAUCUUCUUAAUGUAAAAUUAAAUAUAAUAAAUUCACAAAUAAAGAAAUAAAUAAAAUAAAAUAAAAAUAGCCGUAUUUGUGGUUCGAUUUUAAUAUUUGCGUGUGCAGUACAGAAGGAACAUUCCACUAGGCUGUUCAUGGGGACUCCUAGUUUUGAAAAGAGGUAAUAACGUUAAAAUCUUAAUGGUUCUAGACAGAUUUUACAACAAAAGAUAGAAAAUUUAUAAAAGAGCUAGAUGAUUAAUAUAGGCUUCUUGACAUUGUUUAGGGCCCCCAAUUCCCUGGGGCACCAAGCAGCUGCUUACCUCACUUAUUGGUUAAGUCUGCCCCUGGGUAUUAGUUAAGUAAGUCUUUGGCAUCGUGCAAAAAAAAAAGAGUUAUAUAAAGAUUUAUAUUCAACAGCAUUGUUUGCUAUGCAGAGCUUUGAGUUUCUAUGCAUCAUAUUUAACAAUUAAUAAAUAAGUCAUCUUUCUUAGAA